AGAGCAGCGCGCAGCACCUGUCCGCCCGGAGCCAAGGCGGCCGGCGGCGUAGAAAAGGACGGACCGCCGAGGUGCGCGUCAGUGCUGCUCAGCCCGGCCGGCCGGGACGCGCGGGAGGAUGUGGACUGGGUGGACAUGAGCAAGGCUUGUCUCAGAUGUUGGAUCUUCUCUUGGAGAAACGUGUGGGUACGACCUUGGCUGCCCCUAAGAGUAGCUCCAGCUCCGUGAAGUUUCAAGGGUUGGUAGACACGAGGGGGAUCAUGAAAAUGGACAUGGAGGACGCUGAUAUGACUCUAUGGACAGAGGCUGAAUUUGAAGAGAAAUGUACUUACAUAGUGAACGACUACUCCUGGGAUUCCAGCGCCGCCGACGGGGGUACUUGUGUUCAAGCAGAGGCAUCCCUACCAAGGAACCUGCUUUUCAAGUAUGCUACCAACAACAGCAAAGAGGUUAUUGGAGUGGUGAGUAAGGAGUAUAUACCAAAGGGAACGAGGUUUGGACCCCUGAUAGGUGAAAUCUAUACCAAUGACACAGUUCCCAAGAAUGCUAACAGGAAAUAUUUUUGGCGGAUCUAUUCCAGAGAGGAGUUCCACCACUUCAUUGAUGGCUUUAAUGAGGAGAAAAGCAACUGGAUGCGCUACGUGAAUCCGGCUCACUCUGCCCGGGAGCAAAACCUGGCUGCCUGUCAGAACGGGAUGAACAUCUACUUCUACACCAUUAAGCCCAUCCCUGCCAACCAGGAACUUCUUGUGUGGUAUUGUCGGGACUUUGCAGAGAGGCUUCACUAUCCUUAUCCUGGAGAGCUCACAAUGGUGACUCCUACACAAACGGAAAGCUACCCAAAGCAAUACAGUAGUGGGAAAAAUGAACUUUACCCAAAGACUGUCCCCAAGAGAGAGUACAGCGUGAAAGAAAUUCUAAAACUGGACUCGAAUCCCUCCAAAAGGAAGGACUUCUACUGUCCUGACAUUUCAUCCCUCACUUCAGAAAAGGACAUGGAUGGCUUCAGGAAAAAUGGGAGCCCUGACAUGCCCUUCUACCCUCGGGUUGUUUACCCCAUCCGGGCACCACUGCCCGAAGACUUUUUGAAAGCAUCCCUGGCCUAUGGGCUAGAGAGACCCACUUAUAUUACUAACAGUCCCCUUCCGUCUUCCACAACUCCGAGCCCCCCAGCAAGUAGCAGCCCCGAGCAGAGCCUCAAGAGCUCCAGCCCCCAGAGCAGCCCAGGGAACACCGUGUCACCCCUGGCGCCAGGCCCCCUAGAACCCCGGGACUCCUACUCCUACUUGAAUGCCUCCUAUGGCUCUGAGGGCCUGGGCUCCUACCCCGGCUAUGCACCUGCCCCCCACCUCCCACCAGCUUUCAUCCCCUCUUACAAUGCUCACUACCCCAAGUUCCUAUUGCCACCCUAUGGCAUAAGUUCCAAUGGCUUGAGCACCAUGAACAACAUCAAUGGCAUCAACAACUUCAGCCUUUUCCCCAGGUUGUACCCUGUCUACAGUAACCUCCUCAGUGGGGGCAACCUGCCUCAUCCCAUGCUCAGCCCGGCUUCUCUACCGAGUUCCCUGCCCUCGGAUGGAGCCCGAAGGCUGCUUCCACCGGAGCACCCCAGAGAGGUGCUUGUCCCCGCGCCCCACAGUGCCUUUUCCCUUACUGGGACUGCUGCUAGCAUGAAGGACGAGAGUAGUCCCCCCAGCGGAUCGCCAACGGCGGGCACCGCAGCCACGUCAGAACACGUGGUACAACCCAAAGCUACCUCAGCAGUGAUGGCAGCCCCCAGCACUGAUGGAGCCAUGAAUCUCAUCAAAAACAAAAGAAACAUGACUGGUUACAAGACUCUUCCCUACCCACUGAAGAAGCAGAACGGCAAGAUCAAGUAUGAGUGCAAUGUCUGCGCCAAGACGUUUGGUCAGCUCUCCAACCUGAAGGUCCACUUGAGAGUGCACAGUGGAGAACGGCCUUUCAAAUGCCAGACCUGCAACAAGGGUUUUACUCAGCUGGCCCACCUGCAGAAACACUACCUGGUACACACAGGAGAAAAGCCACAUGAAUGCCAGGUCUGCCACAAGCGAUUCAGCAGCACAAGCAAUCUCAAGACCCACCUUCGACUGCAUUCUGGAGAAAAACCUUACCAGUGUAAGGUGUGCCCUGCCAAGUUUACCCAGUUUGUGCACCUGAAGCUGCACAAGCGACUGCACACCCGGGAGCGGCCUCACAAGUGUGCCCAGUGCCACAAGAGCUAUAUCCACCUCAGCAGCCUCAAGGUCCACCUGAAGGGCAACUGUCCCGUGGCCCCAGCUGCCGGGCUGCCUUUGGAGGAUCUGACCCGAAUCAAUGACGAGAUUGAAAAGUUUGACAUCAGUGACAAUGCUGACCGUCUUGAGGACAUGGAGGACAACAUGGAUGUGACCUCUAUGGUGGAGAAGGAGAUUCUAGCUGUGGUCAGAAAAGAGAAAGAAGAAACUGGUCUGAAAGUGUCUUUGCAAAGAAACCUGGGAAACGGACUCCUCUCCUCAGGGUGUGGCCUCUAUGAGUCAUCAGACCUGCCCCUCAUGAAGUUGCCUCACAGCAACCCACUACCUCUGGUACCUGUAAAGGUCAAACAAGAAACAGUUGAACCCAUGGAUCCUUAA